GAUUAUUAAUUGGUAUUUACUACUGUUACUUGUCCAAAGGUGUCAUUUUUUUUCUCAAUUGUGUAGAAUUAUGUUCUUAUAAAGAUUCUAUAUCUUAUUUUAGUUUGUAUCAAAAUCGAAAGUACUUAAGAGGUUAUAUGCAUAUACAGUUAAUGAAAGGCAAAUAUAGCGAAACAAAUACAUAAACAUUGAAACAAUUGCAGUGUACAAAAAUGAUUGGUAUAUUAAACCUGGCAAAUGCUACUUUUAGGUCGUCUUCGUGUUUAGUUAGUAAUUCGCGUAAUUUCUCCAUUUUCACAAAUCCAUUAUGCUUCAGAGCAACUCAGGUGCUUUUAGCAGAACCAAUGAAAAAAAAGAAGAAGCUGGAUCCUGCAAUUAUUAGAGCUAGAGAUGAGAGAAAGAAGAAAAGGAUAGAAAAAAGAAUUCGUUCUUUACAAAAAUUUACAGAUCAUAUGAAACCAAUUUAUGAAAUAGAUGUAUUGCCUGAAUUAUUGAAGAAUGAUGAAAGAAUCGGCCACUUGACGACAUCACUUUCAGAUGAGGAAGUAGAAAGGAGAAGAUUGUUACAAAGAGAGUGGUCUCUGUACAAACAAGAUCAAUGGUUGAAAGAUUUACGUGUUAUAAAAUCUAUUAUUACCUCACAAGAAAUAGCAUUAAAAGAAUUAAAAGCUGUUUCAAAGCAACUUUAUAAGGAAGCAGUUGAAUUUGAUCACUUAUAUAUACCAUAUAGUGUAACUGGACCAGUAGAUACUCCAUCAAUACAAAAUUAUGAUAGUCCUGAUGGCGAAUAUAUAGAAACCACUGUUAAAUACAUAGGAGAAUAGUUAUAGGAAAUAAUGGUGAAUCAUGAUAAGA